UUGUCAACAAAACGAACAAUCAGUUGAUUGCUUGCUUACAGUCAGUGCACUACGUUACGAGCUAGCAGCAAUGACGUCUCAAGAGAGGAAAAAUGUGAAAAUUAAUCCCGAUAUUCAGAAUGAGAGGAGGAAGUGCACAUUCCUCAUUGAGGAUUUCGCAGAAUUCUGGAAUGGUGGCAAGGAAAAAUUGGCCGAGAAACGCUGGAGAGAGGAUUACUUCCUGAAUGAUCCCCAAAUGAAGUCCGAAGUACCAAUGGAGUAUCUCUCGCAUAAGGAGAAAUAUGAGGAGGCCAUAAGAAAGAGCACAAUUAGCUUCAGAAAGAUUCGUGAAUUGCGAUCACAGGGAAAGGAUGGGAUUGAUGACUACAUGGCUCUACUCAGUGGAAAUUUGGGGUCAGGAUUGACUCCUGAUGGAAAUCCAUUUGGAUUGCAUUACGUAAUGUUCUUGCCAACCCUCAUGGGACAGGCAACACCUGAACAACAAGCUGAAUGGAUGGGUAGAGCAUGGGCGUGCAACAUUAUAGGAACGUAUGCUCAAACGGAACUUGGACAUGGAACAUUUAUUCGGGGUCUAGAGACAACAGCCACGUAUGAUCCCAAAACUCAAGAAUUUAUACUCAACAGUCCCACCUUGACAUCGUACAAGUGGUGGCCAGGAGGAUUGGCUCACACAGCAAACUACGCAGUAGUAGUUGCACAACUUUAUACAAAAGGUCAGAAUUAUGGGAUUUUCCCAUUUAUUGUACAACUCCGCGAUGAAGAGACCCACAUGCCAAUGCCGGGAAUAAAAGUUGGAGAGAUCGGAGCUAAACUCGGUAUGAAUACGGUCAAUAAUGGUUUCUUAGGCUUUGAAAAUGUCCGGAUUCCACGAAAGAAUAUGUUAAUGAAGAAUGGCAAAGUGCUGGAGGAUGGAACAUUCAUUAAAGCACCCUCAUCCGUCCUCACGUACGGCACAAUGAUGUUUGUGAGGGUUGUUAUUGUGAGAGAUAUGGCCAAUUAUCUAUCAAAAGCAGUAACAAUCGCCGUGAGAUACUCAGCCGUAAGGCGUCAAAGUCCAAUUAAUCCAGAGGAACGUGAACCUCAAAUAAUUGAUCAUGUUACGCAGCAACUAAAACUCUUUCCGCAAAUUGCAAAAAGUGUCGUCUUCAGGAUGACAGCAGAUCAUCUGUGGAACCUCUACAAUCAGGUAACAACUGAGCUGGAUAAAGGGGAUUUGGAACGUUUGCCGGAACUUCAUGGUAUGGCGUGCUGCCUGAAAGCCAUUACGACUUCCGAUGCAGCAGCUGCUGUGGAGAUUUGUCGUUUGGCAUGUGGUGGACACGGAUACAUGUCAUGCUCGAGUUUUCCAAUUACCUACGGACUAACCACGGCUGCUUGCACGUAUGAAGGCGAGAAUACGGUUCUCCUGCUGCAAACAGCACGAUAUUUGAUGAAAUCCUGGGCGUCUGCAAAGGUUGGGGAGCCAUUGGCACCAACUGUUGCCUACUUGGGACGUAAUUACAAGAGCACUGUUCAGGGGAUUCGACCAAAGUGGGAAGGGAGUAUUCCGGGAAUAAUCAGUGCUUUCCAAACUUGUGCUGCUGGGAAGGUAAAAAUUGCUUUUGAUCACGUGGAAAAGAGGAAAAGCGAAGGGAUAUCGCAUGAAAAUGCUACGAAUUUGACAUCAAUUGAAUUAGCAGCAGCUGCUGAUGCCCAUGGAAGGUCCUUCCUCAUUCAAGCUGGCUAUGAAUCCCUACAGGAAGUACUCAAGCAGGUACCACCUGCUCUUGGAAAAGUAUUGCAAGACCUAAUCACCCUAUACGCCGUGGAUGCUGCCCUUCGUGCUCUUGGGGAUCUAUUGAGAUUUGUAUCUAUUAGCGAAGAAGAUAUUCAGAAGCUCCAAACAACUCUGGAGACUCUCCUGACAAACAUACGUCCCAAUGCUGUUGGUAUUGUCGAUGGAUUUGAUAUUCCGGACGGGAUACUGCAGUCAGCUCUUGGGGCCUACGAUGGGAAUGUCUAUGAGAGAAUUUUCGCUGAAGCCAUGAAGAGCCCACUCAAUAAGGAGCCAGUUAACAAAUCCUUCCAGCUGUACAUGAAACCAUUCUUAAAGUCCAAUCUUUAGAAGAUUUUACCGCUUUUUCUACAUUCUAUUAGUGUGAUCAUGAUGACGGUGCUAUGAUUUACAAAAGAAAUCUUUUUUAUUUCCUGUUUGUAUUAUUUGGAGGUGUAUAGUAGAUUUUUUAUACAGUAACUAGUAGCAUAAUAAAUGGUGAAAUUUAUGUUAAACAAACGUUA